AUGACCCUCCAGAAGACCUUCCCCCUCAAAGUCGCCAACGGCAAGACCAUCGACAUUCCAACUGUCGGCUACGGAACCUGGGCGUCAGGCGAGACAUCCUGGGCGAAGGACAGUACUCUGACAGCCCUCAAAGCCGGCUACAGACACAUCGACGGAGCAUGGAUGUACGGUGUGGACGAGCCCGUCGGUGAAGCAAUCCGAGAAUCUGGCGUUCCUCGUGAGGAGAUCUUCUACGUCUCCAAAGCAUGGCCGCAUUUUCUGCAUCCGGAGAAUGUUGAGCUUUGUCUGGAUAAAGUUCUGAAAGCGACGGGGCUGGACUAUGUUGAUCUGUUCCUUGUGCACUGGCCGAUGGUGUGGAAACCCACGUCGAGGGAAGGUCUGGAGAAAGCCACGGCUGGACCGAAUUCCUCUCACGAAGACAAAGCACAGAUUUAUAUCGACGGCAAGCCGGCUAUCGACUGGGAGUAUACAUCCAAGCCGAUCUCGAAGAAAGUAGGUCACGAAGGCAGCUUUGUGCCCACCUGGAAAGCCAUGCAAGCUCUCGUGACGAAAGGCAAAGCCCGGGCGGUGGGCGUCUCAAACUUCUCCAUCGCCGACCUCGAAGACCUCUUGCCACACUCCCAGGAGACCCCCAUCUCCUGCAACCAAAUCGAAGUCCACCCCUGGAUGCCGCAAAAUGAGCUGAUAGAGUUCGGAAACAAGCACGGGAUCUUGACGACUUGCUACUCCCCCUUUGCGGGCCAAAAAGCCGAUGGAAAGACUUUGCUUAAUGACCCGGACGUUGUGAAGUUGGCGGAGAAGAAUGGCAUGGAUGUUGGGCAGUUGCUGCAGAGUUGGGCGGUGCAGCGGGGGGCGGUGCCGCUGGGGAAGAGUGCGACGCCGAAGAGGAUUGAGAGUAAUCUCGCUAUCAGGAAAUUGUCGGAUGAGGACUUUGAGGCGCUUAAUGAGAUGGCGUUGCCGCAUGAUGAGGGGAGGACGGUGGAUCAUAGGGAGGUUUGGGGUGUACCCAUGUAUUGA